AUGGCACACUGUGCCGUUUUUGUCCGCACUUCUGUCAGUACUAUGUUGUAUCGCAAAGCGCUACGAGUAUCCGCUUCCGGUCGGGCCAAAACCUCCACCGGACAAGUAGUCAACAUGAUGAGCAACGACACGGCACAGUUGCAGCGAUUCUUGCAGUUCGUCGGUAUGACUUUGGUCGCCCCCUUGCAGAUCAUUAUCGCCUUGGUUCUGAUUUUUCAACAAGUCGGAAACGCCACUUGGGUUGGUGUUGGAUUCAUGUUUGCCUUGGCACCCAUUAAUACCGUUGUCUUCUCCAUAGUAUCCAAGCAACGUCGCAAGGUACUCAAAUAUUCCGAUUUGCGCGUCAAGAUGAUGAACGAAAUUCUUGCCGGUAUUCGAAUUAUCAAAUUCUACGCCUGGGAGCGGCCGUUCGGAAAAGAGGUCGGGCGUAUUCGUGGCUCCGAACUAAAGGCCUUGACUAAACUUGCUUAUACCUCGGCCAUCGGAUUUUCGCUCAUCCUCAUGUCAGCGCCUCUGAUACAACCCAUUCUAGUGUUCUUAACCUACGUGUCUAUCCAAAACGAACCGCUCGACGCGGCUACAGCCUUUACUACAGUCGCACUUUUCAACAUUAUGCGCUUUCCGUUCGCUUUUAUGCCCAUGGGACUCUUGCAAUAUAUUCAGAGCAAGAUUUCUUUAAAACGUCUGGAGCGUUACCUGGCCUUGCCGGAAUUGGACGAAUACACCUCGGAUGUUGACAUGAUGGCGAGUAACCACAGUUCAGUCGCGGGUAGCAGCGUCUUGACUGAGAGUACCCAGAAAACUCCUCCCAUCACGCUGCAAGAAUUGACAUGCACAAUUCAAACCGGUAAGCUAGUCGCAAUUGUCGGUGCCGUUGGUUCGGGCAAAUCUAGCUUUCUGUCCGCUAUCUUAGGUGAAAUGGAACCCGUCAAGGGAUGCAAAGUUUACAUGCCGCGUCCUGUAGAUGCGCCAACAGGCUUUGUGUCUUACUGUACGCAGACCCCGUGGGUCGUCAACGACACUUUGAGAGGAAAUGUUCUGUUUGGACGUGAUUUCAAUCAAGAACGAUAUGAACGCGUUCUGGAGGCGUGUGCGUUAGUGGACGAUCUCGCUAUUUUACCUGCCGGUGAUUUGACGGAAAUUGGCGAACGAGGCAUCAAUUUGUCGGGUGGUCAAAAGGCCCGUGUUGCGUUAGCCCGGGCUUUGUACUCCGACGAGACUCGUCUGAUGCUCAUGGACGAUCCCUUGUCGGCGGUGGAUGCACAUGUUGGAGAGCACAUAUUUUCUAACGCUAUAGCCGGAGACAUGGCCAAAGGAAUAACUCGAUUGUUAGUCACACAUCACGUUCACUUGCUGUCACGAUGUGAUGACGUCAUUGUUAUGGAGCACGGCCGUAUCAAGCACCAGGGCCGGUACAGAGAUUUGGUGGCCGCCGGUGUUGACUUUGCGGGCGCGGUGGACGUCUCAAAAAUCAAGGCAGCCUCAAAGCAGGAGCCUGAAAAAUUUGACGACGAAGUUACAGCCCAAAAGGAGGUCGAGCUGUCGGCUGAGAAGAAAGCAGCUCUAAAGAAGAGCGGGAAAAAGCUUGUGAGGGACGAAGAGCGCGAAGAAGGAAGUGUUGACGGCUCGGCUUAUAUGCAUUACGCUAGAGCCGGUGGAUUGUUGACGGCGGCAUCCGUUUUUGUCAUUCAGGCGCUCGGUCGAGCCUCAGAAGUGACUGCUGGGUUCUGGCUGGCCUUGUGGGCAGAGCGCAGUCUUGAAGCAUCGUUGAGUGGAGAUCCGUUCUCGCAGACUACAACAAAUCGAUAUCUUGGUGUGUACGCUUUGUUUGGUCUGGGCGGUGUCAUAGGGCUUACCGCGCGCGCCAUCAUUGUUGCGGUUCACCGCCUUCGGGCUUCAAAGAAGAUGCAUGAUGACUUGACCGAGAGUAUCUUACGUGCACCUGUUUCUUUCUUUGACAUCACCCCUACUGGACGGAUUCUCAAUCGUUUUGCGGCCGACAUGGACAAGGUCGAUCUCGAGCUGACGCAGAGCCUUUCACAGGGAGUGUCAACUGUCUUCAGUGUUCUCGGAGCAAUUGGGGCAAUUAUCGCUGCCACAAACGGCACAUUUCUAGUUCCAUUGAUUCCUAUCGGCUAUUUGUACUACCUGAUCCAGAAGUGGUUUCGAAAGACAUCAACUGAGCUGCAGCGCAUCAACAGCAUCGCAAAUUCUCCUAUAUUUGCUGAUUUUUCUCAAACCCUCUCCGGUACUUCGACGAUUCGAGCCUACGGCGAAGAAAAGCGGUUUUUCAUCCAGUGCAAGAAGUCUUUCGACAACAUGAACACAUCAUACAUCCUCGUUCAGUUAGUCAAUUACUGGCUUGGACUUCGUCUUGAUGUCUUGGGAGGACUUAUGGGGGCCUUUAUUGGAGGAGUCGCUGUUGCUACUUCGUCGUCUGGUUUCAUUUCAGCAGGGUGGCUUGGUCUCGCCCUGUCGUACAGCAUUGAAAUGACAAAUUACCUCAAGCAUGGAGUUCGUAUGAUUGCUACAAUCGAGGCGCAAAUGAAUUCUGUCGAACGUAUUCUCUUCUACACCAACAACAUAAAAGCGGAGGCACCUGAGUUUAUCCCGGAAUGUGAUCCUGAACCUGGUGUAUGGCCGAUCAAUGGCGAGAUCGAGCUCAGCCACGCCUCCAUGCGGUAUCGCGAUGGACCACUAGUUUUGAAGGACUUAUCGCUAAAGGUCAAAGCCGGCGAGCGUGUGGGAGUUUGUGGGCGUACAGGAAGCGGUAAAAGUAGUCUUAUGAUAUGUUUGUUCCGUAUCGCAGAACUGGAAGAUGAUGGCGGAAAAAUCUUGAUUGAUGGGAUUGACGCUUCCGAAAUUGGAACUUCAGCUUUGCGUUUAAAUCUUUCCAUCAUUCCUCAGGACCCUGUGAUAUUUUCCAACACCGUUCGUUAUAAUCUGGAUCCGUUCUCAGCAGCAACAGACGAAGAAGUGUGGGAAUCUUUGACGAAGGUGCAAAUGGCUGACACUAUCGCGGAGUUACCAAAUGGACUCAGCGAGCAAGUUUCGGAGGGAGGAGAAAAUUUUUCGCAGGGACAGCGCCAGCUUUUAUGUAUUGCGCGAUCGUUGAUUCGUAAGCCCAAGAUUUUAGUAAUGGACGAAGCGACGGCGAGUAUCGACAACGCUACGGACUCGGCAAUUCAGCGAAUGAUUCGUGAAAAUUUUGAGAAUACAACAGUGUUAACGAUCGCUCAUCGCUUGAAUACGAUUAUGGACAGCGACCGCGUGUUGGUGUUAGAUGACGGAAGGAUAGCCGAGUUUGAUACCCCAGAGGCUUUGUUGGCGAAAGAGACUAGCUUGUUCCGUGCAAUGGUAGAUAAAAGUCGGGCUGCCAAGUCAAAAACUCUCAUCGAAGGAGAGUAG